GCUCCAUUAUUCAGGGAACAGAGAACAUCCAAGCCACUGAGAAGAGAGGGAGUAAAGGAGCUUCAUCUACUAAAGCUGCUGGAGGACUAUAUACUCUCUGGGGGGGGGGGAUCUUAUUUUUUAAAAUUCAGCUUCAGCUUCCAAAAUUAGGGCUGAACUUAAAUUUUUCUACAAAAGAGGUUGCUGGAAGGAGCCAUGGAGAUCAAAGGGGUGCUCGCUCUGCAGAAAAGGCAAGUCCUGAUUCUCUUUGUUUUGCUGGGAUUAUCUCAGGCGGGUCCUGAAUCGGUGCGAUAUUCAGUGGCAGAGGAAACACAAGUUGGUUCUUUUGUGGCAAAUCUUGCAAGGGAUCUAGGGCUUGGGGUGGAGGAGCUGUCCUCACGGGAGGCCCGGGUAGUGUCUGAUGAUAAUGAAAAGCACUUACAACUUGAUUUACUGACCGGGGAUUUGCUCCUAAAUGAGAAAGUGGACCGAGAAGAGCUCUGUGGCUUCACCGAGCCGUGUGUGCUACACUUUCAGAUGGUAUUGGAAAAUCCUUUAGAGUUUUUUCGGGGUGAGCUGCAUGUCAAAGACAUAAAUGAUCACUCCCCUAUGUUUCUGGACAAGGAAAUACUUAUUAAAAUAUCAGAAAGUACCAGUAGUGGAACCACAUUCCUAAUGGAGAGUGCCCAAGAUUUGGAUGUAGGAACCAACAGUCUCCAAAACUACACACUUAGCCCUAAUUCUCAUUUCUACAUUAAAAUUCGAGACAGUGGUGAUGGAAAGAUAUACCCAGAACUGGUCCUGGACAGAGCAUUAGAUCAUGAGGAGGAGCCUGAGCUCACAUUAACACUCAUAGCACUGGAUGGUGGAUCUCCACCCAGGACUGGAACAACUUUGGUUCUCAUCAAGGUCUUGGACAUCAAUGACAAUGCCCCUGAGUUUGCUCAGAGGCUCUAUGAAGUACAUGUCCUGGAGGACACACCUGCUGGCUCCUGGAUUAUCACCAUUUCUGCUAAGGAUAUGGAUUCAGGAAAUUAUGGGAAAAUAUCAUACACAUUUUUGCAUGCAUCAGAAGAUAUUCGUAAAACAUUUGAAAUCAAUCCAAUAUCUGGGGAGGUUCACUUGAGAUCAUGCCUGGAUUUUGAAGUAAUACAGUUCUACACUAUAAAUAUUCAGGCAACAGAUGGUGGGGGUCUUUCAGCAGAAUGCAGUCUUCUGGUUAAAGUAGUAGAUAUAAAUGAUAAUCCACCAGAAGUGACCAUCUCAUCAUUUACAAAGACAGUUCCAGAGAACGCCUCAGAGACUCUGGUUGCUCUUUUCAGCGUCCGAGACCAAGACGCUGGGGACAAUGGGAGGAUGGUUUGCUCUAUUCAAGACGAGCUCCCUUUUUUUCUGAAACCAACCUUCAAGAACUUUUUCACUCUAGUUUCGGAAACAGCACUGGACAGAGAGACAAGAUCUGAGUACAACAUCACCAUCACCGUCACCGACUUGGGGACCCCCAGGCUGAAAACGCAGCACAACAUAACCGUGACGGUCUCCGACGUCAACGACAACGCCCCCGCCUUCAGCCAAACCACCUACACCCUGCGCGUCCGCGAGAACAACAGCCCCGCCCUGCACAUCGGCAGCGUGAGCGCCACGGACAGGGACUCGGGCGCCAACGCCCAGGUCACCUACUCGCUGCUGCCGCCCGCGGACCCGCAGCUGCCCCUGGCCUCCCUGGUGUCCAUCAACGCGGACAACGGGCAGCUGUUCGCGCUCAGGUCCCUGGAUUACGAGGCGCUGCAGGCGUUCGAGUUCGGCGUGCGCGCGGCCGACCGCGGCUCGCCCGCGCUCAGCAGCCAGGCGCGGGUGCGCGUGCUGGUGCUGGACGACAACGACAACGCGCCCUUCGUGCUGUACCCGCCGCAGAACGGCUCUGCGCCCUGCACCGAGCUGGUGCCCAGGGCGGCCGAGGCGGGCUACCUGGUGACCAAGGUGGUGGCGGUGGACGGCGACUCGGGCCAGAACGCCUGGCUGUCGUACCAGCUGCUCAAGGCCACGGAGCCCGGGCUGUUCGGCGUGUGGGCGCACAACGGCGAGGUGCGCACGGCCCGGCUGCUGAGCGAGCGCGACGCCGUCAAGCACAGGCUGGUGGUGCUGGUCAGGGACAAUGGCGAGCCGCCGCGCUCGGCCAGCGUCACGCUGCACGUGCUGCUGGUGGACGGCUUCUCGCAGCCCUACCUGCCGCUCCCGGAGGUGGCGGCGGCCGAGGUGCGGGCCGACCCGCUCACCGUCUACUUGGUCGUCGCCUUGGCGUCCGUGUCGUCGCUCUUCCUGUUCUCGGUGCUGGUGUUCGUGGCGGUGCGGCUGUGCAGGCGGAGCCGGGCGGCGUCUGCGGGUCGCUGCUCGGGGCCCGAGGGCCACUUUCCGGGCCACUUGGUGGACGUCAGCGGCACAGGGACCUUGUCGCAGAGCUACCAGUAUGAGGUGUGUCUGACGGGAGACUCGGGGACCAAUGAGUUUAAAUUUCUGAAGCCAAUUAUCCCCAGCCUUCCAGUCCCUGACACUGGUAGGAAUAUAGGGGGAAAUGAGAACUUUAGGAAUAGCUUUGGAUUCAACAUUCAAUAAAAUUACUUUAAACUUUGAA